ACCACGAUCCCCGGCCGCACAGCACAAACGCUUUGCUAUCUCCUAGUUGGGAAAGCAAAGCUAGAGAGAGAAACGCAACGGAAAGGGAAGCCGAGAGAUCAGAGAGAGAUGCUCCCGUCGCCAGGGAGGGCGGUGAUGGCGCUGGGCCACGGCCAGCACACCUCGUCCACAGCCGCCGGCGCCGCCAUGGCAGCGGCGGCGGCCUCAUCCACCCCCACCAUAACCUUCUCCUUCCAGCCCUCUCCGCCGCCGCCAACGAGCUUCCUCGCCCACCAUGGCGUGCUAGGUUACACCUCGCUUCUCCUAGACCACCCACCCACCGCCACCACCUCGUCCUCCUCCUCGCACGCGCCGUCGUCCGCCAUCCCUCCCCCCACCCUCCACCACUUCCAUGCAGCAGCGCACGUUUCCCCUCCCACGAGGUCGUCGCCGAUUACUCCUCCUCACCAAUGGUCGACCGCCGGUGAUGGAGGGCAUGAUCAAGGUCAAGGCAGGCAGCGGGGGAAGGGAAGUGCUGCGGCGAGCGAGGGGCUGGCUGCUGCCGGGCAUAACAACGGCGCCGCGGCGGCGCUGGGGGUGGGCGCGGUGAGGAUGAAGAAGGCGGGCGGCGGCGGAGGGAAGGCGCGGCGGAAGGUGCGCGAGCCGCGGUUCUGCUUCAAGACGAUGAGCGACGUCGACGUGCUCGACGACGGCUACAAGUGGCGCAAGUACGGCCAGAAGGUCGUCAAGAACACGCAGCACCCCAGGAGCUACUACCGCUGCACGCAGGACAACUGCCGGGUGAAGAAGCGGGUGGAGCGUCUGGCGGAGGACCCUCGCAUGGUGAUCACCACCUACGAGGGCCGCCACGUCCACUCCCCGUCCCGCGACGAAGAAGACGACGCCGCGCGCACAAAGUCCGAGAUGAGCUUCAUCUGGUAGCUGGAGAUCAGGCGGCGUCGCCGGCAGGCGGAGGAAACACCGGCCGCUGCCGCCGCCGUUGAUCGACAUAUCGUCGCGUGCAGUAGCCGGUCAAGCUUCGUCAGCUAGCUGAAUCCUGAACCCAUCCAUGCAUCAAACUCGGGUCUUUAUGCAAUAUCGAUCUUGGCGUUGAUGCCGUCGCUGUUGUUAUUGGAUUGCAUUGCAUGCAUUGCGUGAAUUACUGCAUACUGUUGUAGUUAAUUUAGCGCGUCCAGGUUAUGAACUGAUAAUAUGUAGAUACAUGCUCUAGGUUUAGCAAUGUUUACUGCCCUUCUUCUUCGUGAUACUUGCCACUUCAGAAAAAGAAAAAAAGGGUUAAGUUGGUGUUGAUGGUGCUAGCUAGGUUCUUCCACCUCCAUCGUCAUUUAAGGAUAAUCAUCCGUGUAGAUGGGUGUGGGAGCAACAUAUGUGGAAUCUUUGGCGGUGGAGGAUGGGGCCAUGUAGUAAUAAUGUGUGUAUGCUUGUAUGAUGUGAUUAUUUGAUUUUUCUUUUCGCUUUCA